AUGCCGGUGUUCAAGAAAAAGAAGACCAAAGAGGCGGCGCCCUGUCCGCUGGACGCGGACGGUCCCGUUAAGGUGCUGGACAAACGCGUUGGAAUGGACUGCUAUCGAGACUUUUUCACACUCAAAAACUUUUGGAAGACGGUCCGACGGAACGAGAAGGACUGUGGAAAGGCGCUGCUGUCCAGGUAAUAUUCUAAUUGAAUCGGGGCCCAUAUUAAUUUACCCUCUCCUUCUCUUUCACUCGCCGUUUUUUUCGCCGAGCAAACACCUGUGUUCGCAUCAAUGUUUACAUAAAAAAUGCCUUCGAAUGUUCACCAAUUUGCGACGUAAUUUGCAUGUCUUGAGCUGGAGUUUGUUUUGCGUUAUCGCCAGAGGUCUACACCUACUCCAUUAUUACUUUUGGAACCACAAAUCUCCCCCAAAUCCCCGUCUUCUCUGGCCCUCUUUUGGGCCGCGUAAUGUCAUCGGCGCGGCCCUUAAACCAUUUACUUGUUUGUGCCUUGUGUAGCAGUCGUAUCGGGCGUUACGUUGCCCGUUUUCCCUUACUUUCCUCCCCUCAUCCUGAACCGUGCACGCAAAAUCCGUGGCCGGAGGGCGUUUGUGACGUCGGAACGGCUUUAUUGCUGUAAGUGGGAGGGGCCAAUGUCGUCGGCCCUCAGGGCUCUUAUUAUAACAAUACCUUGUAAUAUACUUUUACCUUGCGACGGGACAUUGGCCCUCUUUUUUUGUCCAAACAGCCCGAAUUUCGGGGUCGAAUUUUGGGCCCUCAGGCGCCACGGACAUUCGGCGUUUUUUCGGCGUGAGCCCUGAGGCCAACUCCUUGACUUCUGACAAUUUUUACGCCCAAAUUUGGCCGGAAUUUCAAUUGCUGAAGGGAGUUUUUAAAGGUUUAAUUGAGGGGACUUUUUAAAGGUUCAAUUCUUCUUGCGCGUAACUUUCCUAAAUUUAUUCAAAUUCACUGAGUAAUUCGUCGCAGUAAUAGCCUGAAAUUGUAAUCCAAACCUGGUUCACCAUGCGGUGAGAUGCUUCACACGUCGAAUGGGCUCCGGUGCUAGCAAGAACAAGGGUCGCGUCGUCCGUCAGCAGGACCCGCCGCCGGCCGCUCCCGCGGCCAAGGAAAACGCGCCGCCCCAGCUGGACACGAGGCUCGGCUUUGCCAGUUUCCGCGAUUUCUUUACGUUAAAGGUAGAGGGGUCUACAGGCAAUUGAAAACUAGCAGCAUUUACUCGGUUAAUUGCCUACGUAGCCCUUUUUUAGUAGUUGAGGUAUUACACUUGGAAUUGUAGUAUUAACUUGCUUCCGUGCCGCAAAUUUCUCGGCCAGAUUAAGAAUGUUUGCUGAAAGCCGCGAGUAAUUAGUUUUGAAGGCAAAAACGGGGAUUAGCGUGAUUAGAUUUGGAGAAGGAAACACCUGACUCACCUGGGGCAAGUGUUUCCCUGUGCGAAGAAAGUGAUGAUUAAACGCAAAAUUUUUUAAAUCACAUCAAAAUUUACACCGCAAAUUGUGGAAAUAGGUGAGCAAAAGUAGUUAAGAAGAAAAAUGAAUGGAAAUCGACGACUUCACCGACAUUACACUUGAUUUUUAGAACUAUUGGAAGACGAUUCGACGAGGCGAAGUGGACUGCGCCAAGAAUAUGUUCGCCAGGUCUGGGACCCUCUCUCUUUGAUGACGUCUUUUCUCUGUCUGCAAUAUUAAAGUCCUUCUUUCUCACAGUUUCUCUAUUUUUAAAUGAAUUUUAUUUUUUUCAGAUAUUUAAAUGCCAAUCCCCAAUUUCGCAGUAAAUAUCCAAAGUUACGAAACGCGCCCGAGGAGCUGAGUACAAGUUGUUCGGACUCGGGGUUCGAAAACGUCUCGGCCCAAUAUUUGAAAGUGAGUAAAAAGAUUUUGAAGAAAAAGUAAACUAAACGAAUUUAUAGUUGUUGGACUUGAUUACUUUUUAUUAUAAUUCUGUUUUGACUCCCUAAACGUGCCUACUAAAUAGCCUGUUGCUUUUUUAUAUUGUUAUUUACUAUUUGGUUUGCUUUCAGUUAUUCGAUGACGUCAUCACAAUAAUCGAAGAGCAGCCCGGAGACGCCUCAGAUGCCAUUACCAGGCUCACAAAUUGUGGGAAAAUGCACAAAAACAAGGUCGGUCUUACCGAAUACAGUUCUAUUUUUCACAUUGUAGCUUGCCAAAAAAAAUUUUUUAAUAACCAAAAUAUUUCAAUUUUUUUGUAAUUCUUUCCCUGCAUUACAGUCUAAAUUCCGAAAAAAAAAAUAAUUUUUUUUAUUUACAUUAUUUUUUACUUUUUUGUAUACUUUUAGGUCGAAGGUGUAAAGGCCGCCGACUUUGCCCUGAUGGAAAAACCCUUUCUGAAGAUGGUCGAAGACGUUCUACAGGAUCGAUUCAACGACAAAGCCGAGACUUUGUUCUCGAAAUUCUUCCAGUUCUGUCAGAAAUAUAUGAAUGAGGGAUUCAAUGCCUAG